CCCCUCUUCCCACAGCAAUCGGAGCCCCACCCCCCUCCACCCCGGCCAUGUAUAUAUCAGGGACAAGCACGCCGGUCACCCACUCACCGCCUCCAACACAACGCCAUCAUGAAGUCGCUGUUGCUGCUGCUGCUGCCGCUCGUCCUCGGGACAGGUGCUCAAGACACGGCGCAGUUUGUUGUGGCCCCUCACCACAGGUCAGAACUCGACGGCUGCCAAACACCUGUGGUUCAUGGGACUCCUCCAACAGCACCCAGAGGCCAACCCGCUGUUCAAGGAAGGUAGGAACGUUCCUUACAUCACGCUGGAUACUGGGCCAGUGUACGACCAGCUUGUGACGCAGGGCUUUCUUAGGGAGGUCCUGGUCCCGUUGGAAGGGUCACCAAGAACAGUUCUUGUUCACGGUGUGCCCACCUAUGUGUCGGUGAACUGCUUAGUCACUCCUCCGGGCUUUCUGUCACUGAAGAGGCGGUUUGUGGGACUGGAGGCGCGUCCACAACUACUUGGUUCAGUUCAGGGUGACAUUCCUGAUGAAGUGUGGAUAUGUGAUGUUGGCAGGAAGCGGGUCACUCCUUACCGACAUGAGCCUGACCUCUGCCACCAUUGCAGUCGCUGGGGUCAUAAGGACUGGAAGUGUAGAUCCUUGCCUCGGUGUCGGUUCUGUGCUGGCCGCCACCUUUCGGAGGAGUGUCGGAAACGUAUCCAGGACGGUGCCUCCAUUCCUCCUCGGUGCUGCAAUUGUGGUGGCCCUCAUAAUGCCCACUCCAGGGCGUGUCCUGUGAAACCUGCCCCCUUCUUCAGCCCCCUUCGAGAGCAGUCAGACCCCUACACCCAUCAAACUGUCCCUCCUGCAGCCUACCGCCCCGCACCGCCCCCUGCCCAUAAUGCCUGGGAAACUCCUUUACCAAGCUCUGGACCUCGACAACCCUCUGCUGGCACUGUCAGUGAGUCCUCACCUGUCCCUGCAGUCCCCGCUGGGGGUCCACUAGUCUCCGCUUCUGCUGCUGACCUCUCUAGUAGUAUUCUGCUUUCCCUACAAAAGGAAAUAGCCAACCUCUCAGUUGUCCUGGCUCAAGUUUCUGUGCGCCUCGCUGCUGUGGAAGCUCGCCCUGCUACCCCUGCUCCAUGUCCUCCUCCUGGCCACUAUCAAUCAAUCAAUCAUUUCUGAAUAUACAUUUUUUAUUUAUUUAAUUCAUUGGGGUAAUCCUUUCUGGACUGUCUCCUUAGGUGCCAAUAAGGAAUCUGACGUAAAGUGGUCUACAAAAAAACAAAUAAGGCUUUUUUUUUUAUAGAAAAGAAAGCCGCUCAAGGGGAUAAAAAAAAAAAAAUUAGAAAAAAGCCCGCUAAACGCUGCUCCUAUAAAAGACGAAGUAAAGAGUAGAAAAAAGAGAGGUCAAUUUUGGGUGGAGAGGUGUCUUAUUUUUUGUGUUACAGUUGAAUUGAGAAAUUAAAUCUUGAUCUUUGUAAUAAUGCAGUUCUG